AGGGCAACUGGGGAACGUGGUACAAAUGGGCUAAAUACUACUGCGCCUAGAGCCGGAGGCUCAGUAAGAGGAUCAUUACCAAAGAGUUCACCGGCAAUGAGGCCACUUACAAGUCCGUUGUCCCCGGCCUCCCUUCGGAAAUCUCAGACAAGCCGUGGUCGAUCUUCUUCUAUUGCACCAGCUUCACCACUCAUCAUGCACUUCCCUUCUAAUCGCCCAAGCCCUUCGCCAUUGCUCAUCUCGACAACACAACCUCCAUUAUCCCAAGCUGCUCUUGCAUCGCCUUCCCCUCGCCUAGUCACUAAUAUGCACCAGUUAUCGAUGGUGCCCUCAUCUCCAGUAGGUGUAGUUACUACAUCUAAUGGAGUACAGAGUCCGGCACUCUUUGCUCUUCCCGCUUCUCAAAUGAUGCCCCCUCCUAGCUCACCUAUGAUUUUACCAUCUGCCUCUCAAUCAAAUAAUGUUCCGAGGCAGCGCAGUCUCGCACAGCUACAGCAACCAAUUCAAAUACAGAGUCAGCACCAACUUUCGAUUCAUCAGCCUAUCUCAUCAGCUAGUCAGCCCUCUCCAGCGUUGAAGCCUAGAUCGGACAGCAUGUCUUCUGCACUUACAUCUACAUCGGACAAAAUUGAUCUGGCCAAGGCCAUAACUCCUAGAUUCGGUUCAUCAUUAGGUACUUCUUUACCUGCCUUGGCUCCAGUUACACCUGCAUCACUAAUGAACCUAGGUGCUGGAUCCGGAACUGAGUCGACGCCCACAUCACCCAAAUUCGGAAUUCAUACAAAGUCAAAGGCCACCACAGACUCCGAGUCCCCUCCACUGACUGCUAUAACAAGCGACACAACAAUCACAGCCACAAUCGAUUCAACCUCUUCACAGAAACGAGGAACUAAACGCCAGGCAAAUGGAGAGGCUGUUGUACCAUCUGGUGCGCCUAGCACUCCUCGUCAGCUGGCUAUGACGCCUGGCUCUGCUGCAAUGUCACCUAUGCCUCCCCCUAAUGGAUUUGCUCUCAUUUCGCCAGCUCUCAAGCCCACCAUGCUGAAUCAUCGUGGAAGCACAUCCAUGCUUGUAUCACCUCGCCUACAGCCGCAACUCGUCUCACCACGGUUGCCCGGCGUUUUUUAUUAAUUUGUUGCGUUGCAAAUAGUGUCAACAACUGAAGCUAUGGCUCGUUUAGCUUC